AUGGCUCAGGACCACUCUGUCUUAGGACUUCGGCUUCCUCUUCUUUUCUUUCCGCUCCUCCAGCUCCUUCUCUGCAAAAUGGCCGAGUUCUCAGCGGACCAGAUUGAGGACUUCAAGGAGGCUUUCGGCCUCUUCGACAGAGUCGGUGACAGCCAGGUGGCCUUCAACCAGGUGGCCGACAUCAUGCGCGCUCUGGGCCAGAACCCCACCAACAAGGACGUCACAAAGAUCCUGGGCAGCCCCAACGCUGAUGACAUGGCCAACAAGAGGAUCAACUUCGAGGCUUUCCUCCCCAUGCUGAAGGAGGUCGACGCCCAGCCAAAGGGCACCGUUGACGACUACAUUGAGGGUCUCCGCGUCUUCGACAAGGAGGGCAACGGCACAGUCAUGGGCGCUGAGCUGCGCAUCGUGCUGUCCACCCUGGGAGAGAAGAUGACCGAGAACGAGAUUGAAGCCCUCAUGACCGGCCAGGAGGACGAGAACGGCAGUGUGCACUAUGAGGCUUUCGUCAAGCACAUCCUGUCUGUGUAAGAGGCCGGCAGUAGGAGCUGUACUCACCUACAGACAGCCGCACGGUGUUCAGGACAUCUACACUACAUCAAAGACCAACCAAGGAAAGACAAGGACUAUGUACAAGGGAUGUUGAAGCAAACCCAUCUUGUUGUUUAUUUUUGUUUUUCUUUACCAUUUUCGUCUCAAACCCUCCUCCCUCUCGGGGGUCACCACCUUCGCCAUCGUAAACCACCAUCACUUGGCCUCUACUCCACCCAGGGGCGCGUCUCCACUCGCCGCAUGGGGUGAGGAACGGGGGAGAAGGGAUGACCGCUCAUUAAGUGAGGGUAGAUCCCUACCUUCCCACCGACCACCUCAUACAGUCACUCCACCACUGGCCCAGCAAUGCCAAAGGUGCUGGAGAAUGGUCGUGGACAGGCCGCCAAAACGUCUCCCACUUCCCUGAAAAGUUGUAUUUAUUGUCACUCCGUUUCAGAAUAAACUUUUCCAACGUACAUCCC